UCGAUGAGGAAAUGGUCAACAUGUUAUGAAUGGAUCAAUAGCCUGCGUUUCACUUUCUCAUUGCUGGGCAUGUAAUUUGUGUUAUUCAAACAUCUUUGGUAUUGCUAGCUUGGGUUUCAUUGCUUGCAUAGUGACGUUGAUUUCAUAGAGACGUUGAUUUAAGCAUAUGAGAAGAAGAUGUACCAAUAGUGGUUACAGUAUCUAGUUAGAGAGAUAGCUAGCUGGUUGCAGACAGUCGUGUAGGUCGCGCCCGGCUUCAGAGCUCCUUCCCCGGUGACUGCAAGCUGGAAAGGGCGUGGAUGCGGUGAGGCCCACGGGUACAACAAGGGGAUAGUAUGGCUGAGGACCCGCAGAGAAACUUCCGUUCUGCCUAUUAUGAGAAGGUGGGCUUCAGAGGGGUGGAGGAGAAGAAAUCACUGGAGAUAUUACUGAAGGACAACCCACUGGAUGUGGAGAAGCUGAGCACUUUCAGUCAGAGAUUCCCUCUGCCCUCAAUGUACAGGAUCCAUGUAUGGAAAGUGCUGUUGGGUAUCCUUCCUCCCCACAGUGACUCCCACUUCCUGGUGGCAGGGUACAGGCGGGAACAGUACCAGGAUGUGUUGGAGGCCCUGAAGGUGAUGAGGUUUGUCCACAUGGCCACUCCCCAGACGCUGGUGUACCUACGCAUGUUCCAGCUGGAGAGCCAAGUGCUGCCCAGACGCUCUGAUACCUCAGCCCCGGACGAGGAGGAUGAGGACUUCCUGUCCAUAGCUCGAGCCAUGGAGGAGAUCGUAGAAGACCCUAUGGAUUGUUAUUGGCUGAUCAAGAGCUUUGUCAACCAGUUCAACAAUAAGUUUGGAGACUCCAUUCCCCACCUGCCCAAGAGUCUGGAGCACUACCUGAGUGUGGAGGAGCCCCGGCUACUGAACCAUCUGAAGAAUACUGGGGCCCUCGCCAUGCUGCCAUACAGCCUGUGGUUCAGACGCUGCUUUGCUGGCUGCCUGCCUGAGUCCAGCCUGCAGAGGGUAUGGGACAAGGUGAUCAGCGGGUCCUGUAAGAUCCUGGUCUUCGUUGCCAUGGAGAUCCUUCUCAGCUACAAGAUCGUGGUGAUGGGGACCAGCAAACCGGAGGGAGUGGUCAGCAUCCUUUGCAACAUGCCCCAGGAGAACACUGACGCAAUAGUGACUAAAGCCAUUGACCUGUGGCACAAGUACUGUGGCACCCCCAUGCACUCUGUAUAGGAUCACCGAUCUCCUGCCAGACCCUCUUGAUGGGGUCAUUGACAUUGGGAUACGCUUGGACUCAAAUCAAUCACGUUUAUUUGUCACAUACUUCGUAAAACAACAGAUGUAGACUAUCAGUGCAAUGCUUUCUUACGGGCCCUUCCCAACAAUGCAGAGAGAAAGAGCAUAGAGAAAUAAUAUAAAAGUAAUAAUAACACGGCUAUAUACACAGACAGUGCCAGUACCAAGUAGAUGUGCAGGGGUACAAGGUAAUUGAGGUAGAUAUGUUCAUAUAACUWGGAAUAAAGUGACUAGACAACAUUA